UAGCAGCUGAGGCUCAGAAGGACACAAGAAAGUGUGUAAAUCUCCAUUUAACAACUAAUAACCAUGGGACUUUGAAAAGGGACGAGUCAAGAUUUGUUUUUUGUCUUUGCUUUGUCUGUGUUGCUUUUUGUGUAACAGCUUUUUUUUUUUAAGUCUACGACCAAUGAAUGUCCUUUUGUGAAGUAGCACUGAGCAGCAGUCAUUUGUUGAACUUGGCUCUGCUUUGAAGAUGAAUGCUCUGGUGGCUCUCUGUCACUUCUGUGAGCUUCAUGGCCCUCGGACACUGUUCUGCACAGAGGCACUACACCCUCCAUCCCCGACACCUUCAUCCCAGGCCGGUGCCCCGGUGCCUGGUGACAGGGACCGGGAUGGUGACAGGGAAGGCGAAGGCCUGACCAUGAGGGCCAACAGCUCGGCCACGCAGAGAGGGGAAAUGUGUGAGGGAUGCCGAUCUCUGCCCGCAUCUCACCCGGGCUUUGUGAGCAUCGACGACGAAACGGGCAUCCGCUUCCUGAGCCACCAGCACCCCAGACAACCCCAGCUUUUCAGUGUGGUCCGCCAGGCUUGUGUGCGCAGUCUCAGCUGUGAGGUGUGUCCUGGGCGUGAAGGGCCCAUUUUCUUUGGAGACGAGCAACACGGAUUCGUGUUUUCACACACGUUCUUUAUCAAGGACAGCCUGGCCAGGGGCUUCCAGCGCUGGUACAGUAUCGUUAUGGUGGCCAUGGACAGGAUCUACCUCAUCAACUCUUGGCCUUUCCUGUUACGUCACAUGAAACUUACUAUACAGAGCUUGCAGAGCACAGCUCUAAAGGUGUUUGACAACGAACAAGGAGUUUGCCCCCAGCGAGCUAUGAGGAUGAACAGCGUGUUUUCACCUGCAGUUUUCCCACAUCAAAGGAGUGGCAACGCAGCCCGAUCACUGACUUCUCUCACCCAGCAUCCAAGUCUCUGGGCCAGCCUGCACUCCUCCUUUAGCUGGCUGCUGAAGGCUUGCGGCAGUCGCCUGACAGAGAAGCUCCUCGAAGGGGCCCCCACCGAGGACACACUGGUGCUCAUCGAGAGACAGACAGAGCAAGAGGAGGAAAUGAGCUGCUGGGAGGGAGCGGAGGGAGACGGUCCAUUGUCACAGCGGCACCAAUCGCAGAGCGAGCUGUGCCACGGCUUCCUGUGCGAAGAUGCAAAAUUAGACGAAUCACCUGGCCCAAAAUUUAGGUCACUGAGGCACUUGAGACAGGUCCUCGGGGCUGCAGAGUUUCGGCAGCUAGCGUGGCACGUGCUCAUGGGAAACCAGGUCAUAUGGAGAGGCGCAGACCCCGGGCUCAUCCAGUCAGCUUUUACUGUGCUCAAGUCUCUGCUCCCAGUAGGCUGCGUGCGCUCUGUGCCGUACAGCGCUCAGUACGAGGAGGCCUACAAAUGCAACUUCCUGGGCCUCAGCCCAGACGUUCCUAUUCCGGCCCACGUCAGCUCCUCAGAGUUUUCCGUGCUGGUGGAUGUCAGCUCAGAGAAGAGCUAUCAGAUCUCAGCUACAGGCGAAGAUGAUAUCUGCUCACGGCAUCAGUUCGCCAUCAGCAGUGCCAACACACAGCCUACAGAUCGAGGACCAACGUUACUGAACAAGCUCGAGGUUGCCCUGUCUAAUGAGAACCUGUCUGUGGACGUCGUGUCUCACUGCCUGCUCUGUUUGAAGGAGGAGUGGAUGAAUAAAGUGAAAGUGCUGUUCAAGUUCUCCAAAGUGGACGGCCGAGGGAGGGAGGACACCCAGAAGGUUCUGGCCCUCCUUGGUGCCACGGGCCCGGGGGAGGAGGACAACGUCAGGCUGCUCAAGUACUGGAUGACCGGACUCAGUAAAACAUACAAGAGUCAUUUAAUGACAGCCGUGCGAGGAGGGGAGAGGAGCCCCAGCCAAUGACAAAGAAAGGAGGAGAUAGAGGGGUACAUAAAAGGGAGCUGAAAGGAGGGGAGGGACGGGGGGUUGCUAAAGAACGGAAAGUAAAAGCAAGAAUCUUUUCAUCAACACUGUUGAGCUGAAUCAAAGAAAGACCUCUGUGAAGGGAUGACAGGGAUGAUUUUGUGCAUCCAUUAUUGAUAUAUUAUAUUCUGCACAGUUUAACACUGAUUACGUUUAGUUAAACCAUGUUUGUCAAAGGGAAUUCUUGAUACGUAAAGUUUAACUUAUUAUUAAUUAAAAAAAAGGCUUUGCACUUUGUUUACUUUUGAUGUUGUAAAAUUAAAUUAACAUAAACUUUCA